AUUUUUUUUUGUAAUCCCUUACAUGUAACAGAUUACAUGUAAUCCAAUACUCCCCAACCCUGCUUGUCAUGUAACCACAAACAAGUUGCCAUUGUAAGAUGGGAUGUACAAUAUUGUGUAGAGUUUUUAUGAUAGCACAUAAACUGGCAACUGAGUUUUAUUGGUAAAAUCUGGAAAACUGUUCAAAUGAGGACAAUUACACUUUCUCUCACUACUGCUGAGAAGAGGGUUGACCGAGGUAACCAUUUUUUAUGUUUAAUUAGGGAGUUAUAAUGCUUGGGAGAGGGAGAAGCCAAGUAGUUCAGUAUUUGCAAAGGCAUGCUUUUCUUUCUCCAAACUGAUACUUAGCUACUUACUUAAUUGCAUGGGCGCACACGCAUACACACAGACACACGCCUGAGUGCACACCCUGUCUACUUCCCACCCCUUUUCCCGUCCUACUUGCCUUCUAUCCACUUUCAGUGCAUUUCUGUUGACACACAAGGAUCCGACCCAUGCACACACACACACAGACAGACAAACUAUCACACAUAUUCACAGAAAGGAAAACAUUUUCUCUCACGCAGAUGGCUGCUUGCGCACUCUUCUCUCCCUCUCUUUCUAUAAGCAGGUGUUGAAAUGCAACACUAACUAUUAGAGGCCGAGAGGGGGAGAGGGAGGAGAGAGAACGGGAGAGAGUGCACUUCCCCAACUGUAGCAGAGAGAGAGAGGGGACGAGAGGGAUUGUCAACGAGGAGAGGGAGAGCAGAAGCCUAAAGAGGGAUCUGCAUGGUAAGUAACCAGACCAGUGAGCACUUUUCUUCGUUUAAAGUUCCUGUUUUUUGUUGGAGGGAGAAGAAAAUAAAGAUACAACGGAGGAGUCGGGACCGGGUCCCCUAGUUCCCCUUUCUGGACGAGUGGAGUAAAAAUCUGAGGAAGACCCAAAGGGAAAGAAGCUGGGAGGGACACAAGGCAGUCAUGGAUAGCACAUAGAGCCUCAGCCAGACGCUAGGAUGGCCUGGAUUCACACACUGUCGCUGGCAACCAUCCAGUUCAGAAGCUACUGAUACCCAUGAGUCAUGCUUCCCGGGUAUGGAUUCUCCCCUCUCCCUGACUUCCAGCCUCACCUCCAUGCCUUCCGUUGCCGAGGAGAGUGCCCCAGCAUGUGGUUCCCGGUCUCAGACGAGUCCCAGGCUUUGAGCGAGGCCCGGGACGACAGGCCUCUCCUGCGGCAGUGCCAGCACAACCACAUCACCGUGUGUCAGCAGGAGCUGCAACCGCCUGUGACCCCCAGCGACAACGGCCAUGGAUCACCUACUGCAGACGCUCAGCACUCCACACCGUUGCCUCUGAAUCAUCGCAAACACACAAGGACUGAAGCAGAAAAUGGCGGCUGGAGGAGUAACCCUGAUCAAGACACUGAUACGGACCUGAGUUCAGACUCUCAGAUGUUAGGGGAUGACGUUGAGCUUUUUAUCCGGGAAGAUAGGACUGACCCUCCAGGGCAAGAGAAGUGUGAGAGACCCAUGGUGGUGUCGACGGUGUUUCGUCCCCUCCACACAGCCCUCAGCCUGCCCCUGUUCCUCCCUCUGUCCUCCCUGUACAGGGACACAGACUACUGUAACUCUCAGCCACCUGGCUCUCCAUCCUCACAUGAGCCUCCGGAGCUGCAGACCCCAGACACUUGUCGACCCCAGAGGAGGACGUCACAGGGCUCACUCAAGGAAAAGUCAAUCCGGCGUAAGAUGCGAGUGUACUCACCAGACAGCCUGAGCGACGAUUCUCUGGCCAGCCCCAUUCUGGAUGGCGACUACCUCUUCCCAGGACCCUUCGAUUCCUUCCUGGAGGAGGACAUCGGGGGAGACCCUGUAGAUGCCACGAGUCCCUCAUCAACAGAGGGGACACGCAACCCUCAAAAGACUCCACCUUUUUCCGCAGAGCCGCUGCAGUUGUCAGAGCACUCAUCUGUCUUGAACUGUGGGGCUGUAGAGAAUUCCUCGGCCACCGGAGGAAGCUCUUUAGCCCGCUCCAGUAUGGCGGAACACGAGCGGCGGCGCUUCUCAGCCUCGGAGCUGAUCUCACGGCUACAGCUUUCCCAGAGAAAGAACUCAUUCACACUAAAGCUUGGCAAGUCGCUGUCAGCUCGCGUGGCCUCCCGCGACAGGCAGAACCCCAGCAACCUCAGCUCUGACUAUAAGUCCACUUCCAGGCAUCGUGGCUCAGGUGGUGCCAGUGACAGUGUCCCCCAUAGUCCUGUAGGACCUGCACCGCAACUGCCAUCUGCUGACAAUAACACGCAACAACAUCGACGUAGCACCGGAUUCACAAUCAAAAAUUUGAGGAAGAAAUCCAUUGAGGAGGAUUGGUGCACUCCUCCCACAGUCAGCAGAUCCAAUCGUCUGUCACGCUUUCUCCCCAGUUCAAUUCUGUACCAGGAGUACAGUGAUGUUGCAAUCAACCGAGAAAUCCUGAGGCAGCAGGGGGAGGAGCCAGGUGCUGAGGAGGAGCGGCUAAGGGAGGAAGGGGCUGGGGAGACUCCAUCUCCAUCUAAUCUGUCUCCAUCCAGCUCCUUUUGCUCGUCACGAGGCUCCACCUUCUCGCUGUGGCAAGACAUCCCUGAUGUCCGGACCAGCGGUCAGCUGGACAACUUCAGCAACGUGGAGCGCAAACUACAGGAGGCCAAGUUUGAGCUGGUGACGUCAGAGGCGUCGUACAUUCGGAGCCUGACCAUCGCAGUGGACCAUUUUAUGCUGUCCCAGGAGCUGGGGGAGUGUCUGGGGGCCCAGGACAGACAGUGGCUCUUCUCCAAGCUCCCCGAGGUCAAGGACGUCAGUGAGAGGUUCCUGCAGGACCUGGAGCACAGGCUGGAGGAGGACAUCUUGCGUUUUGACGUGUCUGACAUCGUCCUGGCCCACUGUCCCGCCCUGCGCAGGGUCUACCUCCCCUACGUGACCAACCAGGCCUACCAGGAACAGACCUACCAGCGCAUGUUACAGGAGAAUGCUCGCUUCCCAGGUAUCCUGGCUCGUUUGGAAGAAGACCCCAUCUGCCAGCGUCUUCCCCUCGCCUCCUUCCUCAUACUCCCCUUCCAGAGGAUCACACGGCUCAAGAUGCUGGUGGAGAAUAUCCUAAAGAGGACAACACCAGGCUCUAGGGAUGAGGACACAGCCACCAAGGCCUUCAAUGAGCUGAAAAAGAUUAUAAAGGAAUGUAACUCCAGUGUGCAAUCAAUGAAGAGGAUGGAAGAGCUCAUUCACCUCAAUAAGAAGAUCCACUUUGAGGGCAAGAUAUUCCCUCUGAUCUCCCAGUCUCGCUGGCUGGUCAAGCAUGGAGAACUGCUGGAAGUGGACACACAGACCAUGAGUAUUUCUGGGUCAAAGUUCAAGUUGCCCACAAGGCCUGUGUACCUGCAUCUGUUCAAUGACUGUCUUCUGCUGUCCAGGAGGAAGGACACGUGGAAGUUCAUGGUGUUUGUUCACGCUAAGAUCGGGCAGCUGAAGGUGAAGGACCUCAGUCAGAAGCUUCAGGGCAUCUCAGGUUUCAUCUUCCACCUGCAGCUGUGUGAGGGCCGGCAACUCAAACACCAGAUCCUACUCAAGGCCCACACUGAGAGUGGGAAACAAAGAUGGAUCACAGCCAUGUUCCCCUCUGAUCCAUUGGAAGAUAUUGAGCAGGCCACUGAGAAUGAUGAUCUUUCCCAAGUUCAAUGCAUCAAGAGUUACCAGGCCCAAGAGCAUGAUGAGCUUACAUUGGAGAAGGCUGAUAUUCUUCAAGCCAAGACCAUUACAAGUGACGGCUGGGUGGAGGGCAUUCGGCUGUCAGACGGGGAGCGGGGCUGGUUCCCCAAAACUAAUGUGGAGGAGAUCACAAGUCGCAGUGCGCGUCUCCGCAACCUCAGAGAAAACAUCCGCAUUAAGUUUGUCACACAGAAACUGGAAGAGGAGCUCUUUUAAGUGUCCUUUCCAUCCUGCAGCUUUUCAUUUACACUUGGAAUGUCCAAUCAAACAGGGCAGCAACUCUCAACCCGUAUACAUUAAAUCCAGCUUUUAUGCAACACGAGUUAUACAAUAGCUGAGCAAUUUUAGAUGAUCUGGAUGUGGGAGUUUUAUUUAGUCUGCAGGUGCUCAUAAGGACAUUAUUUUUGGCAUAGCUCGAGCAUGAACAAUAUUCUUAAGAAAUAUGGUUAUCCAGCUGCAUAGCAGUAAUUUUCUUUCACUCAUGCUUGCUAUGACUGCAUAUACAGUACAACUACUGUAACACAACUACUGGAAUACUGUAUCAGAAACCAAGUAUUUUUCUUUGCCCCCAAGAACUGUAAUAGGAAUAAACAUAAUUUCAGACAUCACUUUCAACAAAACAUUAAGAACUACAGUGUUUGUACAUCUUCCCUGUCUUUUGACUUUCACUGUUAGUUACAGCCUAUUGACAAUAAGAGUUGUUUAUGCGUAGACAGAAAUUAAGAUAGUAGCACAUUAUAUUAUUGAUCAACCACUACUACCAUCUACAUGCAGAUGUUCACCAUUCCAGUGACACAUUAAAUAUUUUUUAAAUAUAGUUUAAAAAAAAGUUGUUAGUACUAAUGUUUGCUGUUGUGUAUUUGUUUUUGCUCCUAUAGCUGGUUAUUCUCUAUGGAGAUAAUGAUAUACAUUUACAUAGUGUAGAUGUACUUGUUUAAAUGAAUAAUGGCUAAUUUACUAUUAUGACUGUAAUUUAUGAGGGCCAGGGUCUGCCAAAAAUAUGCCAUACCAUUUUAACUAAUCUUAGAACUUAUAGUAGAGAAAUAUAAAUAACAAAAGACUAAUAAUACAUGAGCUGCUUGAGAUUUCUGGUUGUGAACACAAUACUUUAAAUGUUUUACCCCUGAAAUAAAUGCACAUACUUUUCAGUGUUUUAUAUGA